UGAAAGUCAGCGUCUACAGUAAAGUUCGUUCGAUUCUUCAGCGAGGCAUUUUUCUCGAUGGACAACAACCAGGAGACAACACGCACCUGUACCCAAUGUCAUAAAGAGAUCGCCUUGAUCAACUUCUCUCUGCAUGAAACCCACUGCAGUCGCUUUUUAUGCCUCUGUCCUGACUGCAAUGAAGCUGUUCCCAGAGAUCAGCUCAGUGAACACAGGAAGGAGCAGCACAGUAAGGUGCGAUGCUGCAAAUGUCACCAAAAAAUGGAACAAUGUCAAUUACAAGAUCAUGAGACUGAUGAGUGCAUUGAGCGUCUGCAGAUUUGUGAAUACUGUGACCUGGAGAUGCCAUGGAAGGAACUAAAGCAGCACUGUUUGGCAUGUGGGAGUCGCACCGAGCUCUGCAAGGACUGCAACACUUACGUUAAACUGAGUGACCGGGUGACUCACCUCUCCACCUGCUCAGGUGCCGACAGCUACUCAAGCCCAGCUGACGCCCAGAGCGCCGCAGUAAAGGAGGGUGAGGGGACGGAGACGGGGAUCAAACCUCCAGUAACACAACCUGCACGCAAAGAGAAACAUGAAAACCAGCUGCAGCAUGGUCCAUCAUCUGGUUUGGGGGCCAACCAAAAGGCCGAGUCAAAAAAGGAAGUGGGGAAUCAGGACAUUCCAGGACAGCAAAGUCCAAAUUCAUUCAGAGAAGUUCGUCAGGCAGCCUCUCUGACAGACAGAACCUUCACUGAUCACUGGAGAGAUGGAGGAGAUCCGGACCACAUCUUUCCCUGCCCUCACUGUCAUCUGGCACUGCCCUUCAACAUUCUGCGUCGACAUGAGGCAAAGUGCAAAAUUUACAAUUUCCUGAAUAGAAGAGAAAAGAAGGAACAUGCUGCUGCACAGAGCGUCAGUCAACAAUAGAACAGUGAAGUGUGUUCUUGUGGCAAAAAAAAUUCUUCUUUUUGAUUACGUUCACUGAUGAUGUGCCACCAUUAAAAAAAUAAAUAAAUAAAAAUCAAACCUGUGGGAAAAACCACCUCUUAAUCAUAAAUCCCAAUAGAUUUCCAUUUAGGUUGGUUUUAAAAAAGGUGUUUGUUAAUUUCAAAGUUAUUUAAACAUAAUACGUUUAGAGAUGUCCAAUAUUAGCAGAUUUAUGUAACUAUCAGUAAGAAUGAAAACCCGAUAACGCAAGUCCUGGGUUUUGGUAAAUUUACUGGAAUUACUUGUGGAGUACUGAGACGUUUACCUCAGUUUUGGGGGCAAGCAGCUGCAUAUAUUGGUAUCGGUUGAUAUUGCAAUUGGAAAUUAAGUGUUUGGACAAUAUCGGUACAUCAGAUAUCGGAAAAGGUUAAUAUUGGACAUCCUUAAAUACAUCUGAUUGACAUGUGUUAGCAAUUUUUAGUUAAUAUUAUUGCAACAUUUUUUAAAAAUUAAAACAUCUAUCAUAACUAA